CGUGUUGCUGUCAUGUCAGUUGCUUUGACGUGUAUUGCUCAGCUGUCAUUUAAUAGAUUUUGUUUUCCAAUUUUCCGAUAAUGAGAAGGAAAAAGUAAUCAUUGUUAUGUGAAAAUCUUACUGUAACAUACAUUUGUUUAUAUGUUAACGUGAGAGACAGUUAAAAUAUCGAAGAUGGUUCUUAUGACAAUGAUCGCAAGGGUCGUAGACGGCCUCCCUCUGGCCGCUACUAUGCAAGAAGAUGAACAGAGCGGCUGUAAUGUACUGGAGUAUCAAAAUCAGGCUAAAAUGCUGUUUAGAAAACUAGGCCCACAAUCGCCGACACGUUGCUCCAUCGAAACUGGGCCCUAUCUCUUCCAUUAUCUUAUUGAACACGAGAUCUGCUACUUAGUGUUGUGUGAGCGGAACUACAGUAAAAGACUAGCAUUUAGUUAUCUCGAGGAGAUAGCUCAAGAGUUCUACCAACAAUACGGCAAGAGGGUAAACACAGUCACCCGACCAUACACAUUCAUAGAAUUCGACACCUGGAUGCAGCGCGCACGGCGGCAGUACGCGGAGGGUGGCGCACGCGCACGACGUGCGGGCGCCGCCGCCCAACUCGGCGGCCAGCUUGGGGACGUGCAGCGCAUCAUGAUGCAAAAUAUCGACGAUGUGCUGCAAAGAGGAGCUAUAUUAUCAGAACUGGAUACCAAGACUCAGAACUUGUCAAUGAUGUCUUCAAAGUACAAGAAGGACGCGACAUACCUGAACACCAAGUCGAUGCUUGUCAAGGUGACGGCGGGCGCAGUUAUACUGCUAGUGUUCGUCCUAUACUUCUGGGUGCUUUAGAUUGGUCAUUUAUUCCUAUUACUGUGGUACUACUGUUGUGUACUGCGAUAUGGGCUACUUUGCAAUACCAUCAGAUAAAAUGAGAAGUUAUCCUCAAUGGAAGCUUGUUCAAUAUUUUUAUCUGUAUCACCAACUAAAUUAUUUAAUGUAAUGAGAAACUCAUUCAUUAAUCUUUUGACUACCAAUCAUGUAUAGACGACACGCCAAAAAGUGCCCAUCAGGCCAGAGUCGCGACUACACGAAACUUACGUAAAUAAAGCUUUUUUAUAUCUUUUGCUAAUUAUUAACUUGACUCAUUCUUAUUAUUUUACAGGUACCUUUCCUUAUAUUUCGUGUACAUGUACCUAUUUACAUAAUAUGACAAAAUUUUAUACUAAUUCUAAAAACUAUUUGGAUAAAUUCUUAGCUUGGCACUGAGGGCAUGUCUUUGCUUUAGUCAUGUGAUGGUCAAAAGGUUAAUUACUAUACCAAAAAAGACGAUUUAGAAACAUUAUAACUAUGGUACUGCAAAGUUCCACAGAAGUUCACUUACAGUGUGACAGCUAUGCUGUUAUAGUUGAAUUGCCUUUUGAAACUAUAAUAGUACACAUUUGGGAUAUUAAAUAAAUUAUAUACCAGCAAGAUUUAAUAUUUUCUAUGUGAUUACUCUGGAUAGUUUUGUAACUAGACAUAGCAAGGUAUUGUAGGAAUAAGAGCCCGUAGCCUUACCUUACUGCAAUAACAUUUGUAUUUGAUUCUAUUUCUUAUUUACAUCAUAAUAAUUACUCUUACAGAGAUAUUUGGUUUAUAGAGAUGGAGACAUGCUCAACAUAUAUUUACACAAUGCUGCUUAAUUAUUGUGAAAGUUAUACAACAGAUACUACAUAAAAUAAGCAUUCCAGCAAACCAUAAUACAUAUUUAUCUGGUACAUAGUAUUGUUACAAUGUUUUUGGUAUACCAUGAUAAAAUGCUUUAAAGUAAAAGUAAUCUUGUCUAUGCCAAUCAUUAUUUUUAAUGUAAUGAGCACAUGAGAGUGCUUGGUGAUGGAAUGUUGUAAAUUUUAUCACAUAUUGUUAUUUAAUGUAUUUAUUUAAGAUUUAAUAAAUAUGCAUUCUUUUAA